AUGAAGGCGCCCGUGCGGCCCAUCCGCACCACCUUCCACGCCUACGUGGGAGCUCUACUGUCCGAUACCGCUGCUGCGCGGCCGCCGAGGCGGUCGAUAUGCACCGACUGCUUGAACACUCUGCGACGGCAAAGAAGAGCGUUAAGAACGUCCUCGUCUCGCCAGAUUCAUGUUGCGAGCAAUGGAGGAAGAACUUCCAGGAGUCUUCGAGAGGCCGUCCGAGCGGCGAGACCACUGGUCUUGCGGCCGCAGCAGCAGAAACGACAGCUCGCAACCGUGACUGAUGUACCCGCUCGUGGACCUUUGGAGGAGUACGAUGAGAGAGUGCAAUCGAGGCGUCUCAGGGAGGACGAACAUCAGAGAACCUUGGUUGAACACCUGCAAGAUCUCCACGAGACUCUAAAAGAGUACCACCCUCCCAAGGUCAUCCAUCCGGACAUCAACGAUCUCCAACCGCCCAAGAAAUCCCUCUUUGGUUCCCUGUUCGGCGGCGGGAACAAGAAGAAGGCUAUUGGCGAGAUACCAGAGAACCUGCCCAAGGGACUGUACAUGUACGGUGAUGUUGGAUCUGGGAAAACCAUGCUGAUGGACCUCUUCUUCGACACGUUACCUCCGAACAUCACCUCCAAGACCCGCAUUCAUUUCCACAACUUCAUGCAAGACGUGCACAAGCGACUACACAAGAUUCGCAUGCAAUAUGGCAACGAUUUUGACGCCGUGCCCUUCAUCGCAGCAGAUAUCGCCGAAACUGCCCAAGUGCUCUGCUUCGAUGAGUUCCAAGUGGUUGACGUUGCCGACGCAAUGAUCCUCCGUCGUUUGAUCGAGGCCCUCAUGUCGCACGGCGUUGUUCUGGUCACGACCUCGAAUCGGCAUCCAGACGAUCUCUACAAGAAUGGAAUUCAGCGCCAGUCCUUCAUCCCGUGCAUAAACCUGCUGAAGAAACAACUCAAAGUCAUCAAUCUUGAUUCACAAACCGAUUAUCGCAAACUCCCAAGGCCUCCUUCGGGAGUAUACCACCAUCCGCUUGACCGAGCCGCCGUCUCUCACGCAAACAAAUGGUUCCGUUUCCUGGGCGAUCCAGAAAACGAUCCGCCUCAUCCCACGACUAUCACCGUUUGGGGUCGCGAAGUACAGAUCCCGCUCGUCUCGGGCCGUUGUGCCAAGUUCUCUUUCCACGAGCUGAUCGGUCGCGCUACAGGGGCAGCGGAUUACAUUGAGAUGAUGCGGAGUUUUGAUGCGUUUAUCGUCACCGACGUACCCGGAAUGACCCAUAGAGAACGCGACUGGGCCAGGCGAUUCAUUACUUUCAUCGAUGCGGUGUACGAGUCGCACGCGAAACUUGUCCUCACGACGGCAGUGCCCCUGUCUCAGCUUUUCGUGUCCAAGACUGAGCUCGAUGAGUCGUUGAAUAAAGUUGGCGACAAAGUCCAGAAGGACAAAUCUAGCGCCUCCAAAGAAGAUCAUGCGGUCGUCGAAGAAGUCAAAAAGGCCAGGGAGGGAAGAGGGGGGCGAGAGGAGGAAGGGGCAGAUGUCGACGAUGUGAUGCGCAACCUGAUGGACGACCUGGGAAUGAAUAUGAGUAUGUUGAAGCAAAGCUCCCUUUUCAGCGGCGAUGAAGAACGGUUCGCGUUCGCACGGGCGCUCAGUCGCUUGAGUGAAAUGGGAAGUCAAGAGUGGGUGGAACGCGGGCUUGGGCUUGAAAAGAGAGGAGGAUUGGAGGAGAAGGAGGGAUGGCAGAGAGUUCGGAGCAGGUGGAGGGAGGACAGCCUGUGA